UUUACAUAUUUGUGUUCCCUAACUACAUUUCAUGUGCACUUUCCAAAAUUUAAGGCUCUUGAUCUACCAUUUGGUAAUUUUUUCUAAAUUUUGUCUGUUACGAUUUCAGGGAAUUCUUAAAAGAUCAUUCUUUUUCUAUAGCCGCAGCUUUGCUUCUUCUGCUUUGCUAGUGGAUGAGUUGUCAGCUGAUUCUAGUAUGUCCGAUGAUAGUAGUUUCACAGAUUAUAUUGUUGAUCCGAUAACCCAUAGAAAACCCAUGUUAUUUCCAGUUAUUGUCAGAGUGUUUAAAACUUCUAGUUGGGAGGUUGCAAGAGAAAUAAGAUUCGCCAUGGCUGCAAAAAAAUGCGGUUAUUCUCAUUUAAUGCAUGCUCUUACGGUCAUUAUUCAUAUAUUUGCUAUACUGGAGAGGAAUAAAGAAGUAUAUAUUUUGUUGAGAGAUGUUGUUGGAUUCCAUAACAAAAUUAAUUUUAAUUUGGUUGGCUUGUUCCCUACUUUAGUGAACUCAUCUGAUUGCCCUCUUGGAUCAACAAUCAUACUCGAUGAACUCAUAAAGGUUUUUGCUGCAAAUUCCAUGCCUGAGAAUGCAAUUCAUGUUUUCUGGCAAUCUAAGAAAAUGGGAUUAAAUCCAGGUAUACGUGCAUGCAAUUUCUUGCUCAAGUGUUUGGCAGAAGCAAAAAGAACGGAAAAUGUGGUUAGCUUAUUUAACGAAAUGAAGAUUUCAGGUCCUUUACCAAAUACAUUCAGCUUUACCAUAAUGUUGAACUUUUACUGUCAUGGACAUCAAAAUGUCAGUGAAGCAUUUUGCAUCAUAGAAGAAAUGGAGAGGAGUGGAGAAAACCCAACUAUUGUAACAUACUGUACAUAUGUUCACUAUCUUUGUAAGGUAGGAUGUGUCGAUUCAGCAUUGGAAUUUCUUAAGGUACUGAGAAAUAAAAAUAAGCCUCUUAAUUCCUACUGCUAUAAUUCUGUUCUAUGGGGUCUUUGCAACAAAGAUGAAGUGGAAAAAGCUUUUAACUUAUUUAACGAGAUGACCCAUCAUGGAAUAUCACCUGAUGCUUACAGCUACACGAUAUUGAUUGAACGAGUCUGCAAGGAGGGUAAUUUAAAUAAGGGUCUUUGUCUGUUGAAGGAAAUGGAGCUUAGAAACAUAAAACCGACUCUGGUCACCUACACUUCCCUCUUGCAUGGAUUUUCUAAUUAUGGGAUGAUGGAGAUCUCACUGGAUAUAUUUCGCAAGAUUGAGAGCUUAGGUUACGACUACGACCAGACUGCUUACCAGAUACUUAUAGACGGAUUCUUUUCACAAGAUGAUUUGGUAACCGCUGAGAAACUUCUUGAGGAGAUGGUGUUUAAAAACUUAGCCCCAAGUGCCUAUACGUUUAGGAGUUUGAUUUGUGGAUUUUGUAAGAAAGGUUUGUUAAGUAAAGCCUUGGUGAUUUUAAGGUUAAUGUUUGAAGGAAAUGCAAUGCCAGACAGUGUUGCUUGCGGUUAUAUAAUUGAGGAGUAUUGUAGACAAGGCCUGAUUCACAAUGCUUUACGACUUAUAGAUGAGAUGAAGAAUCGAGGUGUUCGCCCAGAUGAAUAUAUGUACAAUUCAAUUAUUAAAACACUUUGCCGAGUGGGAAAACCUGAAAAGGCUUAUUGUGUUCUCCCCUCGAUGUUUAAAAGUGAAAUUGUUCCUGGAGUUGUAACUUACAGCACCAUCAUAAAUGGUUUUUACAAAACACCAAAUCCAGAGAAGGCUAUUAAAUUGUACAGAAGAAUGUUAAAAGCUAGAGUUGCAAACGACAACAUUGCGUAUACAAUUCAAAUCAAGUUACUAUGUUUCAAGGAUAAAAUGGCUGCUGCCCAUAAGUUGAUUCCUGAAAUGAUUCGGAAGGGUCUGCAUCCGGAUGAGAUUUGUUACAGAUCGUUAAUCUUUGGGUUUUGUGAAAGGAAUAACACGCAUAUAGCUUUGUCAUUGUUCAAUAAAAUGAAGCGGCAAGGCAUUGUGCCAAGUGUUGCUACUUAUACUUGUCUGAUCAAAGGAUUGUGUAAGAUAGGUCGUAUGGACGUGGUUGACAUGUUGGUAAUCGAUAUGAGAAGACAUGGGGUCCCACCUGACGACAUCAUGUACAAUUCUAUCAUUUUGGGAUAUCGUCGAUUAGGAGACAUGGAUAGAGUUUAUGAUGUGUUCAAGGAAAUGAUGAAGGAUGGGAUUGUUCUACCCGAUUAUAGAUUGAAAGGUCUUAGACGGAAGGUUGGCAUCGAGGAGAAAUAAUGGAAACUAAUUAAAGAAAUUACUACAUGACCUGAUGGUACAGAUUGCAACCGUUUGCAAUUUUCGUAUUGAAAUUCUCUCAGAAACGGUUGAGGCUUCUUCCUGGAGAUCUUUAUGUAUACCUUGUGAAUGAGAGAUCCAAAGAGAUGGCGUGGAUCUACUAUCAUUCAUUUAGAUGAUACCUUAGAGGUGCUGCUGCUGUUAAGAAUCCAGAAAGUUUCAUUAAAGAUGGAAAACAAGGACAUGGAAGAAGAAAAACUCAAACAAAACAGUCAGCAGAACUGAUCUUCAGAUAUUUCCUGGUAAGAAUUUAUUCUCAUGCAAUUUUUUUAUAAUAAUGGACAAUAUUCUGUAUUUUCGUCACAGUUGAUGAUUCAAAAGAAUACAAUACCAUAGUGUAGGACAGAAUAUCCUUUUACAUUACCAUGUUUUGCUAUUUCCAGCUGAAAUUGCAACUAUUGAGAUCUUCUUUUGU